GUACUUGGGGCGCGACUUAUGGUCUUAGACGUUGGUGUGUUACCAAUUCAGUUAGUGUGGUAUAUCAGACAUAUUACAAAAAAGUCCUGAUGCAACUUUGUUCUUUGAAAAUCUUCCUAGAGGCAAUCGUUUGCGCAAGGCUUAUAUUAAAAUAUAUAUCGAACCUAGUUUUAGUUCCAAACAAAAAUUUAACAACUAGUUCCUACUAUCUAAAUAUAAUCAUAGUUCCCAGCAUAACUUGUAAACAGCUCUUACAUGCUUGGCUUCUCGGGCAGAUAUAUCAUAGUAGGUUUAUCUCACCUUUACCGAAAAGAGAUGUAAGUAGUUGGUUUGAAUUUCGGUCUCAUAUUCAUACCUCAUCUAUGUGCAGACUGAAGUCAACACCUUUCCAUGUUUCUAUGGAUUGGGUUUUUGAGGAUUAACACUACCAGCGUUAGUUAACUAAAAAGUUAAGUCUAGUAAUGAAAGUCAAUAUGUAGGUGACUAUCAUUAGUCUAUGUUAUAACUGGGGAAAGCAUGAGCAAUGCAAGGAUAUAAUUAUUUAAAAUGAUAAAAAGCAGGUUCUGUGCAUGUAUAUGAAUGUUUGUGCUUGCUAAUGAUGACUAUCCUGACCCCUGAAAUGUAUCCAUCAAAACAUUUGCAUUUAUUAUUUUUGUAUGGGUCGCUCAUUUUUUGCUUGACAUUUUGGACUAUUCCACUGCUUAAUAAGCAUUAGAAUAUUGAUAAGCACGGCGUUCUUGCACUUCCGCUGUAAACUUAUAGUGAGCCCCUCAUACAUGUUAUAUAGUAAAAAGAGCUAAUUGUAGUGGUCUCUGAUCGACGAACGGUAGUCAUUAAACAUACAGUCAGCCCGCUUUGCGAGUCACUUCUCUCCUGAUCGAUCACCUGACACUUGUUUCAUCAGAAAGUAGAGUCCGGUCCACUAAUUAGUUGUACGUGGCGUUCCAACCACUCAAAUAUUGUCACGAAUCCAGAUUCUACUUGGGUAUGGGCAACUGUGUAGUGCGACCAGCUUGCAGAAAAGUAUGGGCUCAAAUCUGAGCAGAUAAAUCUGUAUCAGGUAAAUAAUUUACAUUCUAAUGUAUACGAGGUGUAAGGAUUGAAGCAAAACUGUUUGUAGAUGUAAUUCAGGAGUAUUUCCUUUUAACAAUUAAGUAGUACACUGUUAGUCUGUGGUCCUAAACUCUAUAUAGUAGCUCUUUGUAAGGCCCAUUUUCACCCUCCUCCCCCCGUAUGCUGUGCAUCAGUUGAAAUGGUCAACCGGAAUGCCUCCAUUCAUGUCACUUGUGUACCUAUGUUCUGUAUCAUCAUUCUAGAAUGUAAUGACUUGGUACCCUAUCACUAAACAUGAUGUAUACAUUUUAAAACUCAGGCACAGGUUCUUGUAUGCGGCGUUUAAUCACUUCUCUUUAUGUGAGGACUAAUGGCACAGCCAUGUUGCUCAAAAUGAAGUAGCUAGCCCCAGGUUUGAAUUCCUAGACCAGGGUUAUAAGGUCAAUUGCUCUAAAUAUUAACCCACUACUCCAUAUAACUGAGACAAAAUGGGGAGAGAUGUAGUAAGACACCAUUUUGUUUGGCGGUGUAUUUGGAUAGUCAAUGAUAAUACUUAGUAUGUAAAGUUCAAGACGUUAAGGUACAGAUAGAUUUUUAUGUUCUAAACGCUCAGUAAUACUAAUACUUGCUUGGCAUAUUGGCUGUUCUUAAAGAUCGGUAGUAUUCACUGAACGAAGUUUAACUCAUCCCUUAAACUGUUAUUGGUUGUACAUUGCUAACUACAAUGUUUUGUUCGUUAAUUGGACUCAAGCAUUGUUUCACAAUAACCUUCCGAACAUUUAUUGUACAAACCUGAUAUGUCUACAGGCAGCAGUACUCGUCGAACUGAAGUGACAAACGCCAAAGUACGAAUCAAAGCUUUUCCUCCUUCGAUAGAUGAGAGAUAUGCCAAUCAGUUAUGGGAUCAGAUUAAAAGUGCGAUAAUCGAGAUUCAAAAGAAAAACAACAGUUGUUUAAGCUUUGAAGAACUCUACCGCAAUGCGUACACUUUGAUAUUACAAAAACAUGGUGAACGUUUGUAUGCGGGGACAGAGGCUGUUGUACGUGAACAUAUGAUCAAGAUCCGCGAUAGUAUUGUUGAAAAUCUAAAUAAUAAGUUUUUAACUUACCUUAACUCAUGUUGGAAAGAUCACCAAACUGCUAUGGGAAUGAUUCGUGAUAUUCUUAUGUACAUGGAUCGUGUCUACGUCGGCCCCCAUAACCUGGAUGGAGUUUAUAAGAUGGGAAUGACUGUUUUCUGCGAUCUCGUCGUACGUUAUCCAAUUAUUAGAGAGCACUUGCAGAAAACUCUGUUGGAUAUGGUGCGCAGGGAACGCCGGGGCGAAGUAAUAUCCCGUUCUCAGAUUCGCGAUGCCUGUCAGAUGUUUGUGCAGUUGGGGGCCGGAUCAUUACGUGUUUACCUUGAAGAUUUUGAACAGCCAUUUUUGGAGCAGUCAAGAGAAUUUUACCGCACAGAAAGUGAAAAUUUUCUUUCUGAGAAUACUUCUGCUUCCCUGUAUAUUAAAAAAGUCGAACAAAGAAUCGAGGAGGAAGUUCGAAGAGCACAUCAUCAUCUUGAUCCAUCCACGGAACCCAAAAUCGUCGUCGUAUUAGAAGAGGAGCUUAUAAGUCGACACAUGGAAACUAUUGUCGGUAUGGAAGAUUCAGGAUUAACGUACAUGUUAACUCAUGAUCACUUCAGUGAUAUCGCUGCUAUGUAUGGCGUUUUAAGUAGGGUUGAAGAAGGACCAAAAAUAAUGAGUAACUACAUUAGCCUGUACUUAAGAGAGCAAGGAAGAAAUACUGUACGUGAUACUGGGUCAUCAACACCCCAACAGCACAUUCAAGAUUUGCUUCAAUUACGCGAUCGCGCUAAUGAAUUACUAACGAGGGCACUUAAUAAUCAGACAAUAUUUCGUAAUCAAAUUAAUUCUGAUUUUGAGUACUUUGUCAAUUUAAAUCCUCGUUCUCCCGAAUUUCUGUCAUUAUUUAUUGAUGAGAAACUAAAACGUGGCACCAAAGGUAUGGCAGACCAAGAUGUAGACGCCAUUUUCGAUAAGUGUAUUGUAUUAUUCCGAUAUUUACAGGAAAAGGAUCUAUUUGAAGGUUAUUACAAGAAGCAUCUUGCAAAAAGGCUGUUAUUAAGUAAAAGUCAGUCAGAUGAUCAAGAAAAGAUUAUGAUAUCCAAGCUUAUGGCCGAAUGUGGUGCUGUAUACACAAGUAAACUAGAAGGAAUGUUUAAAGAUAUGGCAGUGUCUAAAACCCUCAUGGAUGAAUUCAAUGUAGUACUAUCUAAUGGUAAUCGCAAUCUUAACCUAGAUCUGUACGUUCGUGUAUUAACUACUGGUCUUUGGCCAACUCAAGUAACUAAUUCGAAUGAAGUGUUACCAGAAGAAGCUGAUACAGCGUUUAAAGUUUAUAAAAACUUCUAUUUAAGCAAGCAUAACGGUCGGAAAAUCAACCUGCAGACAAACAUGGGGUACGCAGAAUUGUCUGCUGUAUUUUAUGGUCGUCCUAAUGCAGAUAUCAAUACACCUCAGAUCUCUUCUGUUACUGAUUCUCAUGCUCACAGUUUCCUUAUUCAUGGCUCCAGUUCUGUGUCUUCGAAUCAAACAAGUCAAAGUAGUCAACAGACGCCAAUCAGUGGAUUACCAGGAAGCCCAGGAGCUCCAAAGACACUUGAUCCCCCCAACUCAAUUAGUACUUCUGGUCGGUUGAAUGUACGGAAAUAUUUCUUACAGGUCUCCACAUAUCAAAUGAUUAUAUUAAUGAAAUUCAAUCGACGAAAUCGUUAUAGUUUUAUUGAAUUAGCGAGUGAAACAAAUAUUCCUGAACGUGAAUUAAAACGUAGUCUUAUGGCUUUAGCAUUAGGUCGUUGUAGUCAACGAAUUUUAUGCAAAGAACCUAAAACACGUGAUAUAGAGUCAACUGAUAUAUUCUAUGUCAAUGAUUCAUUUGUUUCGAAACAUAUUAAAGUUCGGGUUCAAAGUAUCACUGUUAAAGAAAGCGAACCAGAACGUCAGGAAACGCGGACAAAAGUAGAUGAAAAUCGACGUUAUGUGAUUGAGGCAACAAUUGUGAGAGUCAUGAAAGCUCGUAAAACUUUAAGUCAUGGACAACUUGUUGUUGAAGUUAUCGAACAAUUAAAAUCGCGCUUUGUACCUACCCCCCUAAUGAUUAAACAACGUAUUGAAUCGCUUAUUGAACGAGAAUUUCUUGCUCGAUUAGAAGAUGAUCGUCGAGUUUAUAAGUACUUGGCCUAAUCUCAUUUUGUAAACCAAAUCUAAAUACAACCUGUAUCUUUCAAGUCCCAUCCUACCAUUCCUUGCGUCUAUUCUCUAUUCUCUCCGCUGUCAACAAUUUUCAAAUUACUCCUAUGAUGUGUUGCAAGAUGAUGAGCUUUAAAUAAUGAUCAGAAUAAAUCUGAUUGCUCAUUAUCAAUUAAUUGAAUAAAUCAAAUCAUUGUUCUCAAUUUACUACUACAAACCUAGUCUUCAUCAACUUACUACAGUUAAGUUAUCUAUGACUUUUUGUUUCCUUUGCAAAUCUCAUGCUUCCAUUUCAGUUUUUUUAUUAAACUACUAACCUUACCUACAUAAAUUAUAUAUGAUUCGUUAUUUUGUUUAUGUACAUAUUCUAAUUGCCUCACUCUUUUAAGUUUAUGCAUUCUAAAAUUGAUUCAUUUUAUCCUCAUUCAUAACUUUUGGAAAAUGUGGAAUCAAUGUUAAUUACUCAUUUCUUCGUUUCUUUCUCCAUUCAAAUGUGCAGUUACCCACAGUACUAACUUAUAUCAUUUGGCUAAAAGCAUCUCCCUUGUUACAGUAAAUAAUACGAUUAUUAAUGCGACGGGCAACUUCACAUAUUUCGGUGAGUAAAUGAACUUACUUCUGAACAAGGAAUGAAGCAAUCGGCUGUGUCAAACAAUAUGUCUAAUUACUUCUUCAAUCUUAUGUAGUUUGUCUUAACUGUACACAUUUUGAGCAGUUUAAAUCUGCCAUGCAAUGAAUGCUUUUAUUUAUGGUGGAGUAUUUCUCCUUUUUGAGUUUUAGUCCUACACAAAGCCCUGUCCACAUUAUUUUUUGUGUAAGCUACAUAUAUGUAUCCACUCAAGUAAGGCGUAUUUUCUCGCCAAGGUUAACUUUUCUCUCAAGGUUUUAUUUUCGUAUGUUUACUUUCUCUAGGUGUUGCUUUAAAUUGUAGCACAUAGUUUUGUGCAGUAUAUGUGUUUUUUUAGUGUAUUCAAGGUUUGACUUUAAAACUACUAUGAAUUCAGUGCUAUCCGUUAGCUUGUUUUCUGUAUCAAUUGAUAUCUUGAAUCAAUCAGUUUAUCAGGGUGCACUGUACACUGUCUGCUAUUUAUCAAUGUUCUGAUAGUUGGUAAAAAUGAUACUAAUUUCUUUU